CCCCUCCUCUUGUCAAACCACAGCCCUUUAGAUGUGACUGAGAGUGCGUCGUUCAUUGUUCGUUAACGCAGCACCGGACAGCCUUUACACAGACGCGGAUCCAUAUCACCCUCAAUUCCCUUGAAUACGGUUGACCUUCUUUCUGCAUUCGCCAGAUAUCGGAGACCACCAUCAUGACGAGCACUAUAUCAGCCUACACAGAGAAGAUCAAGGAGAUGUCUAUGAUGUCCCUCAUCUGUUCCUGUCUAUACCCCCAGCCCAUCCCCACCGCCAAGUACCAGUUUGGAGAUAUGGAGGUUAAGCCCAUCAACAAGCGACUGUCUGGACAGUCCUUUGAGGUGAUCUUGAAGUCGCCCACCGACCUGUCUCCAGACAAGCCCAGUCCCCUGGCCUCUCCCCCCAGGAAGAAGGACAUCUCCCUGGAUGAGCUGCAGAGGAGGCUGGAAGCUGCUGAAGAGAGAAGGAAGUCUCAGGAGGCCCAGGUUCUGAGACAGCUGGCUGAGCGGAGGGAACACGAGCGAGAGGUUCUGCACAAGGCCCUGGAGGAGAACAAUAACUUUAGCAAGAUGGCCGAAGAGAAGCUCAACCACAAAAUGGAGGUGAUCACCCAGAACCGUGAGGCAUACCUGAACUCCAUGAAGCAGAGGCUUCGUGAAAAGGAGAGGCAUGCUGAAGAAGUUCGCCGGAACAAGGAGCUUCAAGCCGAUCUCUCCGGAUAAAAAGGCUUUCCUGCAGGAAUCCCUUGUGUGAAGUGUGUUUUUAGCGAGGAAUAACUUUUUUUAACACCUGUGUGUCAAAUGCCAUGAUUUAGCUCUGCAUCCUGCAAACUCAUCUGUCAUUUAAUAGAGGAACAAGUUUACUCACAAGAUAUUACAUAACUGUCAUAGUGCAUUUUACAACCCUUCAGUCUACUGUUAAUGUUUCUUCACAAAACAUACAACAAUGCCACAGGCUUUUCAACCAUUAGAUUUUCACGGUUUAUUAUGGUCAGAACGAAGUUAAGUGGUUGGAAUCUGAAAUCUGCUUGUGCACGCAUGCACACACACACAUAUGCAAACACACAUCAUUCACACAAACCCAACAAUGUGAGAAUUGCACACACACAUACUAUACUGACCUGCAUCGCUUCUACAUACAUACGGCAUGGAUUGUUGAUAGGGAUUCUCUGUGUUGAUCUAACUGUGUAACAGACUAAUAAAAUUCAAGUGUAAUGAA